CUCGCUGUGAGCGUUCUAUAAUGAUCGGAGUCUUUUCACAGUAAAGAUUCAUUAUACGGAAUCAGGGUAAAUCUUGUUUAAAAUGGCUGACGUUGUUGCUGUGUGGAGUGUUUCUCUAAGUGAUGGGAUUCACAAGGUUCAGUUUGAGCAUGGGACUACGAGCGGAAAGAGGGUCAUUUUCGUAGAUGGCAAGGAGAUAUGCAGGAAGAAUUGGAUGUUCAAGCUGGUUGGCAGGGAAACGUUCACCAUAAGUGGUACCAGGGCAGUCAUUAACAUAGAUGCAUGCAGCGGUUUUGCAUACGAGUACCAAUUGGAGGUUGGAGGCAAGAGCUUGGAGAAGUUUGUGGAGCAGAGGAGCAGAACCUGCAAAGUCUGGACACCAACGAUAGAUGGAGUUGGACAUAGGAUAGUUCUUGAGAAAGAUUCUAUGGAAGUUUGGUGUGAUGGUCAUGUUCUAGAAACAGCAGGUGAGUUUGUGGAGGAUGGUACAGAGACCCAUUUUGAGCUGUCAGGACGCGCUUGUUACAUCAAAGCAGUCAGCAGCGGUAAGAGGAGAGAGGGCCUCGUCCAUUCACUCGUCAUUGAUGAUAGGGAAAUCCCCGAAACGAUGGAAUGAUGUCAUCAUUUAUACUAUUACACAGACAACAAUUACUUGUACAUUGUAGGUAUGAAUUGUGAGCAGUACCAAAUUGAAACAGAGCGUUCAUUCUGCAGGCUAUUAUAACAAAAAAAGGAAAAGA